AUGGCCAAGAGAAAGAGAAAUCUGACAUUAGAAUCACAAAAAUCAGAUUCUAGACUAGAUAACUCACUUUAUACGUCAAUCUACGGCAAUUUUGAUCAAAAAAACGAAUUAUCAACUAAAACUGAGAAUAAAUCUAAUAAAAAUAAAACAACAGUUGGAAAUUUGAAGGAUAAAGACCAUUUAUCGUUUCUGGCGGAGAAAUCUGGUGAGAGUUUAUCGUUAUGGAAGCAAAGAAUUGAAAAUAAGGUUUUACACCUGAAAAAGGAAAGCGAAAAGACAAGCUUAGUGCUAGGAGUGAGCGCUGUUGACCAUUACGUUCGUUUACCGUUUUCAAAGUUCACCGGUAUUAGUAAUACAAAGGGGAAGAAACUAGGCCUCUUCACAAUCAAGAGUGUUCCUUAUAAACACGCCUUGGAAUUCAACUCUCUAUGGCAAGACUACGCGAAGAAGUUGCUUGGGAGUCCUAAGACCCAUUUAAACGCCUCAAAAUUAGUGGCGAUGCUUGACCUGCACGGCUCUCUUCUCGAGGUAGUAAAGUCCAACUGCACAAGCUACGUUGGCGUCAUAGGAAUUGUUCUCAAAGAAACUCAAAAUGGGUUUAGUAUAGUGGAUAAGGAGGAUAAUGUGAGGUUUAUUUUGAAGAAUUCUAGCGUUUUUAAGUUAAAUUAUGAGGAAUGGUCCUUUUUUAUAUACGGCAAACACAUCAUGGCAUCAGCUUCACAACGAACUAAAAGCAAAUUAAAAGAUAAAUCUACUCUGUAA